AGAACAUUUAUGAUUAAUUUAUAGUUAGUUUAAUAAAAAGCUUAUUAUAUAUUUAUAUGGACUAAUAUAUUUUUCUAAGGAUUCUAAAAAUGGUUGUGGUGAUGACAUGUGGCUACAAAAAUAUGUUGUAAUGCUUCUCUUUUAAUAUAUAGGGGAUAUACUGAGAGACUCAGUUUAAGAAAUUCAUUACUAAUGAUGCUCUAAUAGCAUGAUUAAUGGAGGGUUUUUAAAGUGGAGUUCUUAGCGGAAUAUAAGAAACCAUCUCUUAAUUUUUAACUAAAAAAACUAAGAAUCGGCUCUUAAAUUAAGAACCGGCUAAGAAUUUCACCCUCCAUUAGUCAUGUUCUAUCUAAGCUGUAGGAAUCAUGAUUGAUUCCAGUUCUCACUUGUAUGGUUCUAUUUAGACAAAAAAAAAAACUAAAAAUAUCAACAGGGUUUCUUGUGUGUUUAUUGGACCUCUUACAUAGGCUAGUUGUGAAGAUUGACAUAGUCAUGGGAAUAAAUCGAGUUUAAUGAACCCCAUCGUAGGUGAAGGACAAAGACAUAAGUUAACAAGUUGUUAAAAGAAUAAGCACAUGUCUUGUCUACGUCGAGGACUCUUCUUCAGGUCAGGCGGCUAUAUGAUUUCCACACGCUGCCUGCUCAUUAUAUAAACCUCACGCUUUAAUCUGCAACUGGAGAUAUUACACACCUAAAACAUUUAAAGACACCAACACAGAGACAGAAAUGAAGAAAAAUUUGUGGUUGGUUGCUUUGUUUUUGGUUCUCUCUUUGGUAAUUUCAUCUUAUGCAGCUUCAGCUCAACCAUACCAAUUCCGGAAACUUUUGCAAAGAGGACCAGCAAUACCUAGUAAAUCAAGAUCCGCCCGCCAUGGUUUUUAGCAAGGCCAAAUCAGCUGGAGAUACAUGCUAUUUGUCACUUGUACAGCCACCGCAGCCUCAGGAUCAAGAUACCUUCUGUUUUUGUUGUUCUAUAAUUUUGAUAACAAUCCCUCUCGAUAUGUAGCUAGUUAUGAUUGUCUUGUCUUGUGCGUGUAUUAUAUGUAUGUGCGUUGUUCACUCUUCAACUCUGUUUGUCAUGUUGCUCCAAAUGAUGUCUUGUAAAAAAAAAGUCUUCUUUUAAGAAAAAUUAAAAUUCUUUUUGAAAAAGAAAAGGAAAACGUCUUGUAAAAUAAACUAAAAGACAGCUGAAUAUAAUUCACACAACUAAUUUUUACAUAUAUAUAUAUGAAUAUAAUCAGCUGAAGAUACACAAGAGAGCUGACUAUAUAUAUAAUCAGCAGGAUAAAAACUCAAUUUAAUCCUGCUUAGUGACUUUUUGACUUUGUAUUACCCGUCAGAGAUCUGUUUGAUGAUGAGGAAGAGAGGUUACGCGUCGAGGAUCGUGGUUCAAAGGUGGACAGAGGAGGAGAAUCUUAUUAUUCUUAAGUUCCGGAGUGACAAAGAUGGGGAGAGUGUGGAUAAGGAGACGUCAUCGGUGUGGUUUAUGACGCAGUUUUCAAGAUCUUUAUCAUCUUUUAUGGAGAAAAAAUGGCGAUAAAAGAUCUCAGGAGCAUUCUUUGUUACGACAACUUGCCAUGUUGCAUCUGCUAACCGUGAAAUUUCUAGUGCUCAAUUUUUAUGAAAACCCGGUUGUGUUGGUUGCCAUAACCGUUAUUAUUUAGUAAAGUUCGACUAGAAAGUAUGGGAAAAGUAUCAUGUCCAGGCCCAGCCAUAGAUGAAUUGUCUUCGAACUCGCUUCACUAUAAGAUGAGAGAUGAGACAUACAGAGCCUUUGAGAAUAUAUACCCAGUUCUCACAGAGUUCAAGAAGACCAUGCUUUAGUACGUAAUUCACCUUCCAAUUUUAUCAUCUUUCUGAGUAAAUAGUUGAUGCUUAAAUAUCUACUUAAUAGGUGAUAACCUACGCCCUGCGGGAGGCAAGUAGAUUUAAAAUUAUUAUAACUUUUAAUAUGUAGACAUUAUAAAAGUUAAAGUCAUAGUAAGAAAAAUAUAUGUAAGAAAGUACGGGUUAUAGUUAAGAAUUUUAGUAUGGUAAUAUAAAUUUAUAUGCGAUGGACUUUAAAAUUAAAUUGUAUAUUUGUUUGCAUAAAGAUAAAUUAUAAAUAUAAGAUUGAAUAAAACAUAAACAAUAGUCUAAUAAAAUAUAAAAGGAACAAUGUAUCAGAAAACAAAAGAAAAUGAAAAAUAGAGACAAAAUAACUGCUGUCAAUAAUGUCUUCAGAAGUUUUUGUUUGCAAUCAUAUUAUGAGCAAUAUCAAAGAGAUCAUCUUGAAAAAUUAAAAACAUUAUUUAACAAAUAUUCUCCGAUCGAUUAAGGUAAGUAUUUCAAUUCUAAGAAUUUUGUUUCCUUGAAUACGUUAACAUUCUCAAUUCUAAGAUCAAGUCAAUUGUGUUUCCUUUAAAAUUUGAAGCAUUAAGUUUUGGAAAUAAAAAAGGGAUUUUCGUUGAUUUGAAUCUAAAAGAUCAUAAAACGAUUUGAAGCUCAUAUUAGUUUUUCAAAACAUUAUGAUAAACAUGGUUAACUUGUUGCAGGAUUAGAUAUGAACUGCAAAACUGGUUAUGAUAUUUUCUUACAAAUCGGCAUAUCAAGCUAAAAGAACCAAUUCAAACCGUAAAGAACAAAUUAUAAACAAGUUUAAAGAACCAAUUAUUUACUCAAGCGUAAAUAAUUAUAAACACACGUAUAUUUUAUUGCCUUAUUUAAAUGAACCAAUUUCAAAUUUUCGAACAAACAAUAAAGUCUCUCUUUGAAUGGUAAUAAUAUGUUGCCUUAUUUAAAUAUUUGUUUUUUUAAGUCCGAAUGUAAUGUAAUGUUGAUCGAAAAUCUUAUACUAUAAUGUAAUGACCAGUGGUAUUUCUUUGUAAUUAUUCUAGUUGAGAAAGGACUUUUAAAAAAAUGAAGUGAUAGUGCAUGUGGUGAUGACACCUAGAAAAUGACACACAUGUAAUAAACACAUGAACCCAAUGUUAUUUUUUAUCAAUGCUCCUCAAAUAAUAAUAAAAAGAUAUGAAUGAUUCAUCUAAGGGCAUGAUUAACUCUGGUCUCUUAGUUGGGGUUCUUAACUCAUGAUUUGACAUAAUUUUUUUUACUUUUUGGCUAAGAGACGGAUCUUAGAGCAUGAUUAUCAGUAGAGUUUUGUUUAAAAUUUUUUUUUGUUUUUUUUUCUUUUAGUCUGAAAAAAAAAUUAAAACCGAACCAAUCGGAUCGCCAAGUGUUGGUGGGGUCCGCGAACAGUACAAAAAGACACUAAAGACUCCUUUAAAAGCCCCCUUUAAUGGUAUUGUUAUAUAAACAGUUCUUAAUUUUUAUUAGUUAAAAUCUAAAAAAAAUUAAAAAACCUUUCUUACCCGAAUCUAAGAACCCCAAUUAAGAUAUUGGGGUUAAUAAUGGUCUAAGAACAUCUCCGAAGUAUUGGAGUUUCUCUAAUCGAAGUUUUCAAUUCAAAUGUAAGUAUAAGCAUUUAAGAUACGGUAGAUACCUUGUAGCCUGUAGGUUGGAUUUCUCAUAGUUUUUAGAUAUCUCCAGUUUAUAGUAAUUUUGUUCUAAUUAUUGUUUCAUGUAUAAUAGUCAGUUUCAAAGUUCACUAUAAUCCCUUAAAAAAAAUCUAUUCUUAUACUGAAAAUUUGAAACUAGGAAUGGCUCAAUUAACUUCCAAAGCAAGAAAGGUGAACAGAGGCCAUUGCCAUCAAGUCUCAGACACUAAAACAACUCAAAACAGAGUCAAUUCUGAACCAAAAACAAGGAAACAGAAGAACAAAAAUCUGCCUAAAUCCAAGAGAAAUGAAAACAAAACCCACCCUGCUGUUGUGUCCUUUUCUCUAGUUCUUCCCACAAUUUAGUAGGUCCUAUAAGCAUUUUUACAGGGUAGGAGGAUGAAACCGAAAAUUGAAAACGAAAAAAAAAACUGAAAAUUGUAAAGACAGGGAAAAA